CCGCCCCCUCCCCGUCCCCACCCGGUCCGGGCCCGUCCUCCUUGGGGGGCCCCCCGCCCGCCUCCGCCCACGGCAGGAUGGGCGACAACACCAGCCCCAUCAGCGUGAUUCUGGUGAGCUCGGGCAGCAGGGGCAAUAAGCUGCUGUUCAGGUACCCCUUCCAGAGAAGCCAGGAGCACCCGGCGUCCCAGACAAAUAAGCCUCGUAGCAGAUAUGCCGUCAACAACACUGGAGACCAUGCGGACGACCAGGAUGGUGAUUCCAGCGAGCCAUGUCCUCCAACCGAUGAGCGAUUGGUUGCAGGGUUUUCGGAUGUCAUUCUGGCAACAAUUUUGGCAACCAAGUCUGAAAUGUGUGGCCAAAAAUUUGAACUGAAGAUUGAUAACGUGCGGUUUGUUGGGCACCCGACACUGCUGCAGCAUGCUCUGGGGCAGGUUUCCAAAACAGAUCCAUCUCCGAAGAGGGAAGCUCCCACCAUGAUUCUUUUUAAUGUGGUGUUUGCACUGAGGGCCAAUGCGGACCCGUCGGUGAUAAACUGUCUGCACACCCUUUCCCGACGCAUCGCCACCGUGCUGCAGCAUGAGGAGCGCCGCUGCCAGUACCUCACGAGAGAGGCCAAGCUGAUCCUGGCACUGCAGGACGAGGUGUCCGCGGUGGCUGAUGCAAAUGAUGGUCCUCAGUCCCCAUUUCAUCACAUUCUGCCCAAGUGCAAGCUGGCCAGGGACCUCAAGGAAGCUUAUGACAGCCUGUGUACUUCAGGCGUGGUGCAGCUCCACAUCAACAGCUGGCUGGAGGUGAGCUUCUGCCUGCCUCAUAAGAUCCACUACGCCGCUGCCAGCCUCAUUCCACCCGAGGCCAUCGAGCGCAGCCUGAAAGCCAUCCGCCCCUACCAUGCUCUGCUGCUGCUCAGUGAUGAGAAGUCCCUGCUGGGCGAGCUCCCGCUCGACUGCUCCCCGGCCCUGGUGCGUGUCAUCAAGACCACAUCCGCCGUGAAGAACCUGCAGCAGCUGGCCCAGGAUGCAGACCUGGCCUUGCUGCAGGUUUUCCAGCUCGCGGCCCACCUGGUGUACUGGGGUAAGGCCAUCAUCAUCUACCCGCUGUGUGAGAACAACGUCUACAUGCUUUCUCCCAACGCCAGCGUGUGUCUGUACUCCCCACUGGCCGAACAGUUCUCCCGUCAGUUUCCAGCUCACGACCUGCCCUCCGUCCUUGCGAAGUUCUCCUUGCCCGUCUCCUUGUCAGAAUUCAGGAACCCCCUUGCGCCCCCUGUGCAGGAGACCCAGCUCAUUCAGAUGGUGGUGUGGAUGCUGCAGCACAGACUCCUUGUCCAGCUGCACACCUACGUGUGCCUGAUGGCCUCGCCCAGUGAGGAUGAGCCCCACCCUCGAGAGGACGAUGUCCCCCUCACCGCCAGGGUCAGCGGCCGCAGCCUCAGCACACCUAAUGCGCUCAGCUUUGGUUCCCCAACCAGCAGUGACGACAUGACCCUCACUAGCCCCAGCAUGGAUAACUCCAGCGCGGAGCUCCUCCCCAGUGGGGACUCACCACUCAACAAGAGGAUGACGGAGAACCUGCUGGCCAGCCUGUCCGAGCACGAGCGGGCAGCCAUCCUCAGCGUGCCUGCAGCCCAGAAUCCCGAGGACCUCCGCAUGUUUGCCAGGCUCCUGCACUACUUCCGUGGCCGCCACCACCUGGAGGAGAUCAUGUACAAUGAGAACACACGGCGCUCCCAGCUGCUCAUGCUCUUCGACAAGUUCCGCAGCGUGCUGGUCGUGACCACCCACGAGGACCCGGUCAUCGCUGUCUUCCAGGCACUGCUCCCCUGAAGCCAGGCAGGCCGCUGCCCUCCAUGUUCUCAUUCUCAUCCGGCCCUUGAAACAGCCUCAGUGUCCGAGCUCCCAGCCGGAGGGAGUGUCCAGGACUCAGGCCUGCGUGCUUCCCACACACAGAUUCGGGCCGUGCGUCUCUCAGACCCUCCUCCCAACCCUGGCCUCGUUCCCUGGCCCCCUCCAUUGCUGCCUUCCACACGGCCACCCUGGGCGAUAGUCAGAAACGUGUCUGAGGCCAAGAGCGGACGAGAGCCCGGCCCGGCCCCCGCUACAGCUUUCGUGUUCGCCACCAGGAGGCUCAUGACCAGGCUGUCACCCGGCCCCUCUUUGACACCUGCCUCACAAGGGCCUGGCCUGGUCCACAUCUUGGGGGUGAGUCUGCCCUGGUGCCCCCCACCCUCCCUCACACAGGCCUGAGGAACAGUGCGUCCAGCCUCCCGCACACCCAGGGCCUCCGAGUCCUGUCCUGGAGGGAGGACCGACGGCAAGCACACGUUGGCCAUGAGGGCGGCUCUGGCGGAGAUACAAGCUGAUAAGAGAUACUGUUUUCUAGACAUGAAGCAUUUAUUUGGUUCUUAAACAAUUAAAAAGCCUUGU